AUGCUUCUGCCACGUAUUUUUGUCAACUCUCCAGGUCAACAAUUUCAUGUUUUGGAGGCUAAGCCCGGCUGUAAUCCUCCUGUAAUGUCUGGUAUGCAUCAGCAGGGUGCAUUUUCAGUGAGACCACCCAAUCUAUGGACAAAUGUCCCAGUUCAGCAACGUAUUUCCGGUGUAGAACCUCAUAAGGUUCUGUCUAUGGAUCUAUCAACAAAUAGCCUGGAAACUUCAUUGGCACCAUUGGGGCUCAAUGAUCUAAAUUCCCAGAAAGUUGGAUAUGGAACAUCAGAAUUAAGUGCAUCUCCUAGGAAUUCACAAGGUUUUGAACAUGGGGUAGAUCAGCAAGAGAAAGAGAGGUCCCAGCUGCAAAUAUCAUCUGAGAUACUUGAUGCUUCACAGACUGGUAGUUUGCCAAGGAAUAUCUCUCAUGCAAAUGCUUUUGCCUCUGGCUCAUUGUUGUCUCAUUCACACCUGCUGAACCUCGAUAGAGUACAGCACGAGGACAAUGCUCCAACUCCCUCUGAAAGAAAUCUUGGAACCAUUAGCCGUUCUUUGAAACCAUCACAUGUUUUCCAUCCGAAUUACUCCUUACUGCCCCAAGUGCAGACAAUGAAGAAUGCGGAUACCGAGCCAAGUAGGAGAGUUUCGGAUGUUGAACACGUUACUGCUAUGGAUGGACCACAGUUAAUAUAUGAAGAUAAUUCCAGGUCCAGAAACCAAAUGGAUCCCGGACUGAUGUCAGUGUCUCCGCUCAACUCAAUGCUAUCUGGGGAUACCAAAAUGCAAAGUUUCUUGACAGAAGCAAGAGAAGAUUUUGGCAUAAAUGCUUCACCACAGCCUGCUCUCCUAGAUAGACCUUCUCAAGGGAUGGUCAUGUUUAGUCAAAAUGAUCUUCUGAGUCAAUCUACUGCCCGAAAUGUGGCAUCUAAUCAUGCAGGGCAUCCCCAGGUUAAUCUGCGCACAGCACCCUCCUGGUUUAAACAGUACGAGGCUUUCAGAAAUGGGCGAAUGCCAUCAACUAAUGAGGCUGGACAUGCAAAAUAUGCUGCAGGACAGUUCUCACUCAGGAAGCCUCCUCAUAAUUUGAAUGUAUUUUCUUCUGAGGAACAAGUAGAUGCUGCUGAUGCCAGCCAGAGUGGCAGACUUUGGCCAAGCUCAGCAGCCACCUCAGUAGUUAGUGAACCCUUUUCUGCUCCAUAUUCACUUCCUUCAGAUGAUAUCGAACAAUGUAUGGCAGUUACGAGACUAAAGAAACGCAAAACUGCAACAUCCAAUCUUCUACCAUGGUGGAAAGAAGUAACACAAGGCUCUCAGAGGGUUCAAAAUAUCAGUGUUUCAGAACAUGAAUGGGCGCAAGCCACAAAUCGACUGAUUGAGAAGGUGGAGGAUCAGGCUGAAUUGAUCGAAGAUUGGCAAUCGAUGCUUCGACCAAAGAAAAGGCUUAUCUUGACAACACAGAUUAUGCAGCAAUUGCUAUGCCCCGCACCUACAUCCAUUCUCUCUGCAAAGGGUGACUCUCAAUAUGAUGUGCUGGGUUACUUUGUUGCUAAAUUAUCACUAGGAGAUGCAUGCAGCCUGACCUCUUUCACGAGUAAUGGUUUGUUGCACAUACCGCUAAUUAACAAUACCUUGAUUUCAGAGCAGCAGCCCAAAGUGAUUGAAGGUGUUGAUGACCAGUUCCUUUCAAAAGUUGUAGAAGACUUCAGCAAUAGAGCAAAGAAGCUGGAAAAGGACUUAGUUAGAUUGGACAAGGUAGCAUCAAUUUUAGACAUAAGAGUGGACUGCCAGGAGUUGGAAAAGUUUUCCGUCAUUAACCGCUUUGCCAAAUUCCACAUCCGACAAGCAGAUUCCUCUGGAACCUCAUCUUCGUCCAGUGCUGUUGCCCCUGCACCAAAACCCUUUCCCCAGAGAUACGUGGUUGCACAUCCAAUACCUAGGAAUCUACCAGAGGGGGUACAAUGUCUUUCACUGUAAUUAUCAAUUGAAUGAUCCCCUUCCCAGUUGAACCUUCUUUUCAUCUAUGCUAGACAUUCCAUGUCCUGUUCAUAUCCCGCCUAUGAUCGCCUUCUUCAAAAUCUAUGAUGGCACCAUGAAAGAAGAGGGUUUAUUGAUGGAAUGCAAAGCAAGUCAACCUCGUAACAAAGGCUGCUUGUUCAAUCUUGAACUGAGGUUGAUUGUUGUCAUUUUUGAGAAAGUACAUAUUAUUUCUUGUAUAUUUUGAUGAAUUUCCAAGAACAAUAGGUAGUGCCCUAACUAAUCUUGCCUAACUAAUCUUUUCAUAUAGCAAGAGAAUAGUUGUUCUGGAUGUUCCUCUAGUUGUUACAUAUAUAUAUGCAUAAUUUAUAGGUA